AAAAGUGGCUAUUUUCCUACUUAAAUCCUAGCCAAUUUCUUGAGUGUGAGUGCACUUUUUCGUUUCAUACAGAGUAGCAAAUGCAAAAAUAGUCCUUUUGACCUAGUCAUCAAGAACGUAGUCACCAAGCCAUCUAGAACCUACUACAACAGGAUGAAUCGUCCGUCCAUAGCCGAUCUGCGUUCGGAGCAGCAAGCUGACCGUUCUGGAGGAUCAGCUUUAUUCGCAGACCCUUUGGGGAUUCGGUCGGAAAGAAAACUCGGUGAAUCUAGAAAUUCUCCGGAACCGACAGGCAUGAAGCUUCAGAAGUCCUACAAGGAUCAUGAUGCAGUUAAGAUCAGACGUAGCUGUGAUUCGAAUCGACUAGCAGAAAGUCCUUCAAGGAAGGCAAUGCAAACACCUCUUGCUAGGCACAUUCAUUCAUUCAAGAUUUGACGUAUUAAGUUUAGGUAUUCUUGUUGGGAAAUUCGAAUGAUCGUCUUCUAACUUUUCCCGCGAUUCCUUUGUGCAGAAACAGCGCAUAUUGGAGCAAGCCAACCGUGCGGUUGUCAACGUGGAGGGUCGACAAAAAUUUUCACCGGUCGACCAAGUCUUGCCUCCAGGGUCAACCUUGAAUCUCGCUCUAGAAGAUGAUACGACAGGUAAUGUGUUUGUUCCUGCACUAGACAUUAAGGCUCAUCAUCAAUCUUAAUUUAAAGCUCCCUCCGGUCUGAGAUACUUCUCACGCAAGCUGUUUUCCCUUUACUUUCACCGUUGAAACUUGAGAAGGGAAGCUGUCUCAGAUAGUACAAUAUAGAGAAACUUUACGGUAAAGGGAAAACAGCUCCACCACGUCAAAAUGGAAGAUUUGGUUGAUGAACUCUAAAGAUCGGAGCAGAGGCGACGGGCUGAAUACAUCACAGCCUUCUCGUGACCCGGUGGUUCCUGGUGGAGAUCCGCAGUUAAGAUCCGAGCAGGACUAUAUAAGGAAUAGAGCACUGGGUAACUUGAUGAUAUUGGAUGGCGCUCACUUAGUUGGAAGGUCAAGUUUCACUUAGUUGUGAGUUCUUCUUAUCGGGAACAAACACAUGAUUAAUGAUAAAGCACUAAAUUAAGACAACCGGUUAGCUUUUACCUCUGUCACGUAGAUCUAUCCCGUCAAACAAAGUAAUGAUAAUGAAUACAAUAUAUCUUGUUCUUCACUCUCUAGGUCUAAUUUCGGAACCACCUCCAGGAGGAUCGUUCUAUUCUUCCUCAAGCGCCAUUCAGUACGUACAGAGACGGUUGGACGGUUCUAGUGCCAGGUUUAGAGACGCCGAGAAACAACCUGGCCUCUUUGAUUGGACCGCUGUGACGACAUGUUGUGGCCUUCGAGACCGCUCGAUCCCACAACCCAUGGAUAUUACUUUAUGAAGACUGGUAGGUUGUCGUAAUUGUACUAGGUGAGCCUAUCUAGCUUAGAUUGUUAGGCUAGUAGAGCCUACUUGUGCCUAUGUCUAGAGGACAAAUAGGCUCCUAGAUUGCGCUAGGCUCAAGAGAGACUAACGACCUAGCGAGUCUCCAUCUACGAGUUAGUAGAAGUCAAGUAGAGGAAGACGAAGACACUGUGCGCGAGCAGUACCUGUUUGGUGCAUUGUUUGUGUCUAAUCUCUCGACCAACCAUGCCUCCACGACCGUCUCGAAAAGGAGGCAUAUCGACUGCAGGGCAGCAGCAAGAACCUUUCGGCUCUGCACCAAUGGGAAGAGGGGGGUCAGCGUCGUAUCUCCAGGCUCGUCCUGAUGGGGAACUUUAUGAAGAUUAACAUCUUCCUUGAAAAUUGAAAUUGAAAUUGAUAUUUUGUGCUUUAAAUUCAGUUUCAAAUUAAUACUCUUUAGAAGUUGUUAUUGAAGUCGUCAUUUUCUUGCCCUUUGCGCGUGCGCAAACAUUCUUUCUACUUGAUCAUUCAUAAUAAAUCCGGUCCUUCUGGCCUGCUAGGAUACUGGGACGAUGAUGACGAGUCUGACGCAGAGAUGAAACGAGAGAGAAUGCGGAAGCAAGGACUUCCGAGUUUUUCCUACAACACCGCUGUCAAUACGCCAGCCACGAUUUUUCAGGAUAACAGCUAUUCUUAUGCAUGCAUUUUCAAGAUAAUCAUAAUAGCGUGGGGGCUUUUGUGUCAGCAUCUUCACAGGUUGAGGAAGUAAUGAAGCUCGUCACUUUUUGAGAAAAUACUUUUAAAAAGAGUCAAAUGAAAGCUGGAUAUUCUGGAUCACACUGGCAGUAGUAUCAUGACCAUGAGCGCAUCUUUUUUUUGUGAAUCUGAAUUCUAAGAACAAUCGGCUGCUGCUUCUCCGAGUAAAAAAGUGGAAGGACCCGUUCCUCCGAGCAAGAGGGGUCCUGCUGCAGAAGACGCAGCUGCUGGAAAUGCUACAACAGCUUCUUCACCAAGUAAGAAAGAAAGCGGUAAAACUUCGAAGGGAACGAGCUCUUUCAACUGGCCUGCUUGGACGCUUACGAAAAAAGAAGGUAUCACGAUUACUAAUACUAUUUGGUCUUUUUUUUUUCUAGUUAGGUCGGCUCCACCACUACAGUUACUAAUACUAUUUGAGUAGUUUCUAUUUCUAUCGACUAUGAUGUAUUGUGAAACUUUCUUCAGUUGAAUUUGUUCGAUCAAGAAUAGUACCAACAGCACCUCAACCACCUCUUCCCAGGUGUGAUAGAAGUCCUUGUUGUCGACGAGGAAGCUGAUGAGGCUAUCCCUAGAUGGGUCGACGGUAUCGCUAAGCAAAGGGUAGUGGAUGAAACGGGGAAAGAUGCUUACAUUUUAUGCGAAUACGAUUGGGAAGGUGAAAAAUUCGAAGAAGAUUUCGGACCAGCUAGUGUGCGGCGGAAAGGGGAACGAGAUAGCGUCGCGGCUGUGUGGGCAAAAGAAAACAAAAAGAGAUGAUUUCUUCUUGUGGACUACUAACGAGUAAGCCGUUGAAGUUAUUGUUGACGAAAGAAUAUGCGAUUGUAAAUGGAAUCUACCAGUCGUAGAACCAGACAGAUUUAGAUGGCUACCAAAUUCGACCUGAGUGAUCAUUGGGAGCGCUGACCAUGCACAGCACAGGAAUCAACAAGAACUGUCGAUUGCGAGUGCAGCUUUGAGGCAGCGAUUCUGAUGACCCUGUUCAAGAUUUCAAUUCCGAACAUUUGAACAAGGACUGUCGUCAGUGCAAUGUUUGCAAUAGAGUUAAAGGGAAC